CCAGCCCCAGUCUCCCUCCGAGGCUAGUCCAGGGCUCCCGAGCCCCGAUCCAAAGGCGCCUGAGCUGCACGCAGCACGGUCCUCGUCGUCGCAUGGCUGCGCUGGGCCGCGCGAGGUUGAGGAGGUGGGCGCUGCUGGGCCCCCGGGUGGCCGGCGGUGGCCUCCGUCCACACGGGGCCAGGGCCAAGGCCGCGAUGCCGGCCGCCCUCCCCAGCGCCGCCGCCGCCGCCGCCGAGGCUGCCGCUGGCCCCGGAGCCCGCUCCGGCGACCGCGGGGGGCGGCGGCGCAGCCUGGAGGAGCUCCCCAAGCUGGGGAGCCUGCGCCUUUUCUCCCAGCUGUUCGUGCAAGGCUACAUCCUGCGAAUGCACGAGCUCCAGGUGUUGAACAAGGCCAGAUAUGGUCCAAUGUGGCUAAGCUCUCUUGGGUCUCAAACCAUGGUGAACCUGGCCACUGCCUCCCUCAUAGAACAAGUGAUGCGGCAGGAGGACAAGCAUCCUAUAAGGGACUACAUGGACCUGUGGAAGGAACACCGGGAUGUUCAAGGCCUGGCCUAUGGGGUCUUCACCACAAAUGGAGAACCCUGGUACCAGCUGCGCCAGGCUCUGAACCAGCGGUUGCUGAAGCCAGCUGAGGCAGCGCUUUAUACAGAUGUUGUAAAUGAGGUGAUUGAUGACUUUAUAGCUCGACUGGACCAGAUACGGGCAGAGAGUGCCUCCAGGGACCAAGUGCCUGACAUGGCUCAUCUCUUCUACCACUUCGCCUUGGAAGCCAUUUGCUACAUCCUGUUCGAGAAGCGGAUUGGCUGCCUGGAACCCUCCAUUCCUGAGAACACUGCACAUUUCAUUAGAUCUGUGGGGUUCAUGUUCCACAACUCAGUCUAUUCCACCUUUCUUCCCAAGUGGACCCGUCCCCUACUGCCUUUCUGGAGACGAUACCUAGAUGGCUGGAACACCAUCUUCUCCUUUGGGAAGAAGCUCAUUGAUGAGAAAGUUCAGGAGGUAGAGGCUGAACUACAGGCAAGAAGGCCAGAGGGGGUCCAGGUGUCUGGCUACCUGCACUUCCUGCUGAGCGGGGGACUGCUCAAUCCCCACGAGGCCCUAGGCAGCCUGCCUGAGCUGCUUAUCGCUGGAGUCGACACGUCAUCCAACACACUGACAUGGGCCUGCUACCACCUUUCAAAGAGCCCAGAGAUCCAGGCGGAGUUGCACAAGGAGGUGGCAGGGGUAGUGCCUGUUGGAAAGAUACCCCAGCACAAGGACAUUGCCCACAUGCCCUUCCUGAAAGCUGUGAUUAAGGAGACACUGCGCCUCUACCCUGUGGUCCCUGCAAACUCUCGGAUCAUCAUGGACAAGGAAAUUGAAAUUGAUGGCUUCCUCUUCCCCAAGAAUACCCAGUUUGUGUUCUGCCACUAUGCAAUAUCCCAAGAUCCCAGUAUCUUCUCUGAGCCCGAGAGCUUCCAGCCUCACCGCUGGCUGAGGAAGCAGAAGUCGAAUGCGCCCAGUGUCCAACACCCAUUUGGCUCUGUACCCUUUGGCUAUGGGGUCCGGGCCUGCCUGGGCCGCAGGAUUGCAGAGCUGGAGAUGCAGCUGAUGCUGUCGAGGCUGAUCCAGCGAUAUGAGAUGAUCCUGCCUCCUGAGACUGGGGAGGUGAAGAGUAUGGCUCGCAUUGUCCUGGUUCCCAAUAAGAAGGUGGGCCUACGCUUCUUGCCGAGACAGAGCUGAGAGCUGGGCCCUUCUCUUCCUCAGCCUUGUCCCAGAAGCCCCAGCUCUGGCACAGCUGCCAGACUUGACAGACUGGAGAAACUUAAAUUCUCUUCUCACAGAACUCUUUGGUUUGAUGGGCUCAGCCCAUGUAUGGGCUAAACUAUCCAAGCAGCUCCUGCUCAGAUCAAAGGCCAUCUCUUAUUUCAUCUAUGUCCUUGAUAUAAUAUAAAAUAAAAGGACUCCUAGCAAUCAUGAA